UCGGUUUAUGUCUCGACAUUUUAAGGCAUUUAAAGUACCAAAGAAGUCUUUAAGGAAAAAGAUGAUUCAUUUUAAAUUGUGUGUUGUUAGACAUGGAGAAACUCCUCAAAAUAAGAAUAACAUUUAUCAAGGUCAUCUUGAUUCAGUCUUGUCAGAGGAAGGUGUACGGCAGGCAGAGCUUGCAGGUGAAAGACUCAAAGACGAACAAUUUACACAUGUAUUUGCCAGUGACUUGAAAAGAGCUUAUACGACAGCAGAGAACAUCCUCAAAAGAAACAAAUACCAAGAGGGAUUAGUUCUGAUCAAAGAUCCUCGAAUAAGAGAAAAGGCAUUUGGAGUAUGGGAAGGAAAAACAAAGGAGUUUGUMAUGGAAGAAAUYCGUAAACACAACUCAACUCCAAUGGACUUUGUMCCUGAAGGUGGUGAAAGUUUACCUCAAKUCACAGAACGACUUGUGGACUUUUUCAAUGACCUUUGUAAGAAAAUGCACACUGAAGCCACAAGUGAURAAAUACCAAAACCUUGUGAAGAUAGURAGGAGAGCAGCUCACAAGGCAGUGGAGACUCUASAGCUGUCAAUCAUGUUCUGAUGGUUUGCCAUGGUGGUGCAAUACGACAACUYUUUUACCAUUUUAUUCGCAAUGUUUCAUCAGARUUUCAAGGAGCAAGAAAAAAGGAUGUUGGAAAGCUUUGUCCCAAYACAGGGGUUUCAAACUUAGAAAUCUUUGUAGGUAGAGAGUCAGCCAAAGUGGAAUUUGURAAGUGCACAAUGCUUUAUGAUGCAUCACAUUUAGUURUUGAUGAUGAGAAAAUUUUGUAUUCUUGUGAAGAAAGAGCUUUAUGAAGUCAAUGGAUUUGUUAGAGUACAAACACUAAAACUGUGCAACGUAAAUACCACUAAAUAUGCUAAAUUAUGCCAAUUCAUUAUUUUCUUUUGUUUAAUUACCUAUUUAAUUGUAGUAAAUAGUGCAAAGUGUUGCACACUUUUAGUGUUUGUACUCUACCCUUUGAGCAGUAGGAUCAUUCUCUAUUUACCUGUUUGCAGGGUACUGGUUUUGUAUUUACUGAACACUAGGCAUAAUUUUAAAAAAUAUUGAUUUUAUUUGCACCAGAACAUAUUUAAAUUACUGAACAAUAUGUAUUUUGUACAAAUAGGUACUUGUAAUAACUAAUAUCAUGAAAAAAUUGUAUUUUUUGGGACAUGUCAAUAUGUUUAUAAAUGGAUUCAUUGUUAUAUUUCCUUGACAAUAUACAUAUUAAGCCUAAGAAUAAUAUUGUUUACACAUAGUUUUUAUUUGAUUUAAUCAAAAWCUAAAAUAUCUAUAGACUUACUACACUUGGACCAAUUAAACACCAUCCAUUUAGCUGGUARAYAAGCUCUCAGGGGAGGACUGGGAGGCUAWCAUCAAAUGCUAAAUUUCCUAGAUUAAUCCUACAAACAACGAUGGUAAAAUCACUUAUGCAAAAUGCUUCAAUCAGUCAAGAYAAAUAAACAAAAAACACCAUUUUUAGUUUUUAA